AACUUGAAAGUCCUCAUUUUUCCCGGGCAGUUUGGUUCAAAGCGCCUUUGAGGGGAAAACAAGAGUCGCAUCAAGUGUCACCUGUACUUUAAAAGAUACCCGAUACUGAAUAAAUUAUCAGGAGAAACAACGCCACUAGCAACUUAGAUACUUACUCCCGUUCUAUUGCACUUAUCUUUGAUACCAUUUUAUUGCUGCUACAACACCACACGCCAUAAGUUUAUUCAGCGAAAAUCCAAGUAAAUAUUAACCGAACUAACUAAAAUAAAAAUUCUGUUACAAUUCUUCGUACCAGUUACUAGAAACUCGAAUUUUUGUACAACUUGAACUCCUGCGAAGUUACAAGAAUGAAUAUAUCAAAUCAUGACUUGGGUUCGAUUCCCGAGAGUAAAACCGAAACUUCGCUCUUAAGCAUUGCGAUGGAAAGGCCACGAAGUCCUGCGAGUUACCCGCUCACUCAAAAAAAUUCGGUGCCAGUGCUCUUCGGAGCAACCAACGCGCACUGCAUUCCACUGACGCUUCCGUUGAAACAGACUCCAAUUUGCAAUUCGAUGACCUCGGGGUUGGCGCCGAAACUUCCGACUGAUUCUUCCGAAGGCUCAUCGACUCCAAGUGAAGCCUUCAAACAAGGUCGAGUUAUUUCAACAACGAAGCGGUCUCAGUUCACCCCAAUUGUGGCCCUGAAUCCUCACCACACUUCGACCCCCCUUCAGACCCGCCCCUCCGUAUAUCUGUCAUCAUUCCCCACCCGGAGCUACUCUUUCACCGAACCCCCUAAAAGUAGAACGGGCAUAGUCGGGGGGAUAGGGUGUGGGGCUUCUGGUCUCUAUCUGACGCAGAACAAUUUAAGUCUAGACUACAGGAAAUCUAGUCGGAAGACAUUGUGUCACGUUACGAAAAGCAGUGGAAAGCCAAUUGAAAUGCAAUACAGAAUUCUGGGCAAAAGUGGUCUUCAACUAUCAUGUGUAGGGCUGGGAACAUUCGCCACAUUCGCCAAUCAAAUUGACGACGGAGUUGCUGAAAAACUAGUGCACACAGCAUAUGAAGCUGGAGUGAACUACUUCGACACAUCCGAAAUGUACGCUGGUGGAAAAGCUGAAAGAGUCCUCGGAGACAUUUUGAAGCGCAGUGGAUGGAGACGGAGUUCAUACGUGAUUGCAACGAAACUCUACUGGGGCGGAAAAUCAAUAACUGAAUGCGGCCUGUCCAGAAAACACAUCAUUGAAGGUCUCGAAGCUUCCUUGUCAAGGCUUCAGCUGGAUUACGUGGACAUUGUUUAUGCCAAUAAAUCAGACGUGAACACGCCUAUGGAAGAGAUAGUACGUGGGUUCUCGUGGCUGAUAGAGCGAGGGAGGGCCUUCUACUGGGGAACAUGCAAGUGGAGUGGGAGUGAGAUCAUGGAGGCAUUCUGUGUUGCCAGACAGUUCAACCUCGUGCCCCCUUUGUGCGACCAGCUGGAAUACCACAUGUUCCACAGACACGCCACAGAGACACAAAUGCCAGAGUUAUACCACAAGAUAGGAGUAGGAUCAAUAACUCGGUCUCCCUUAUGCGGCGGGGUUCUAACCAACAAAUACAAGAACGGCUUAGUUCCUUAUGGAUCUAGGAGUGGCCUGAAAGGGUUCUCCCAACUGAAAAACAAAGUUGUUCAUUCCCCUCUAGAAGAUGGUAUCCAGCAAUCCAAACUGGACGAACUUCAGUCACUUGCAGAUAGAAUUGGAUGCACUUUAGCGCAGCUGGCUAUCGGCUGGUGCCUGAAAAAUGAAGGUAUCAGUUGUGUUCUUCUGGGGGCAUCUACAGUGGACCAGCUGACAGAAGGCAUAGCCAGUCUCAAGGUCACUUCUCUGCUGACGCCGAAUGUCCUGAACGAGAUCGAGAUCCUCCUCGGAAACAGGCCGAAAGAGUCACGCCUCUUCGAGCAAUAUUUAUAUAUGUACACAAACAAUGGCCCUCUAUCUUAA